AUGGCGUUGGGCUCGGAGGCGCUGCGGGAGCGGCCGGUGCAGCUGGCGCUGGUGCUGGUCUUCGCCUCGGGCGUGCUGGUGGGCUGGCAGGCCCACCGCGUGCGCAGGCGCUUCCUGGCCUGGAGGAAGCGGCGGCUGCAGGGUCUGCUGGAGGCCACGCAGAAGAAGCUGGACGUGGCCUGA